AUGGCUACUAGCCGGACGCUGUAUUUAACUUCAACGUGGUCACUGGAGGAUCGAGGGAUCUCAGAACUCCGAGAAAAGCUCAAUGCAUUGAAUCCCGGUGCUUCGAUCAAGGUGCAAUAUCUUGGACGUGAUAAGCAUAUCUUGGUUGUCACCGGUCAGUUCGAUAACCAAUUUGAUUCCGAAGUUACAUCACUGCUUGCCAAUUACAUCGAAGAGCAUCGCAAUGAUGAUCUACUUGAGAUGCCGAGGGUCCGUCAACUUCCGACUUCGACCAAAUUCGAUCCCAAUUCCCUUCCUAGCUAUGGAAGCGAUGUGCAGCCAAACAUUGAGACCCUCGUGGAGGAUAUGAUGCCGGCACAACCCACUAGCGAUGGACCCAUUGUCAAGUUCUGGUAUCCCUCGCAGGUGGCAUUGGGCCCCAUCUCUUCUGUCUCGGACCUUCUUGUACUUCGCCUUUCCGAAACGGUAGAUGCAGAAAUUACAAUUCAUGGAACCCGAGGGCUCCGUAUUUCUGCACAGCACAUGGGCAACAUCGAUAAGGCAAUGGAUUUACUCGACUCCCUUGAAGAGUGCUUGGACCUAAUCGAAAAUCCAAACCGAGGGCUGAUCAUCUUCACCCCAAAACGGGACAGCGCUACCUUUCGCAUCAUGGCAUAUGCAGAUAUCAGCGCGACUGCCUUGUGGCGUAUUUUGAUCAAACAAAAUUCCUCUCUCCAGUUCCCAAAGAUAAUGACUCUGGUGGUCUGUGAAUUCGACGAGCUCGCUAACGAGUUCCGCCCACUUCGCAAACUUCGCCAGCCGCCGCAAGUGGCCUUGAAGGAAGCGAGCAUUACCCGAGACUGGAAAGACUAUCAUUUACGAGAGAUAUGUCCGAAAAACGAUCCCCUUCUAAAGGAAAUUGAUCAGCAUCUCGCGCCCCAAAGUGAGAUCUCUCAUGAAAAGAGCGAUUCUCAGCACCCGUAUCUCUCUACUGGAAAGGCAAAAGAUGUCGACAAAUGGAUCUCCCGAGGUGUUGCUAAACGGCCUUUGUCGAUCGACACUCAUGCGAAAGGUCCACUAGAAAAUGACCCAACCUCCCCUGAGCUUGUUGCAUCUAAGCCUCCACAUGAGUCCAGCGUUUCCGCGCCACGGGAUCAAAGACGGUGGGGUCCAUUCAAGCCUAAGCCUGUAGGCAUCAAAGGACGCGCUAUUCUACUACCAGAUGGAACUGUAGCCCCCUCUAGCCAGUCUCGACCAGAAAAUCCAAUAGAUACCCCUUAUGGCCCACAUGUGUCCGUGUUUAGCAGACUCAGCUAUAGGGAGCGGGUCAGGGGCCAACCGAUAGCUGGUUCGUCUGUCUCGGUCCCUCAAGAAAAAAGGCCCAUUGGUAUUCUUCGCAGUGCGACUGAUUCCACUGCUCCAAGGGCAACUUCCAAACAAUCAGGAACAAUUUCUGAGACAACCGGUCCUGCUGCUUCUACUUAUUCUACCUCUACCCAGGAACCAAAAGCAGUUGUCACCUCUGGCCUCCCAUUCGUAUCCACUCAUUUAGAUACAACCCCUAAACAGUCGGGAGAUGCCUCACAUGCAGCUAAUUUGGCUCUCUCCCCCGCUAAUCAAGAAGAAAAACCGACUAGCGCUCCGCACCAACCAAUUCGCUCUAGAUCUCCAAGAGUUGACGAGACCCAGCCUCUCGGCACACCUGAGGCAGUGGAUUUACAGGUGGAUAAAAAGCCUCGAGGGCGAAGUGUUGAUUCGGUGAUGGGGGAAAUUAAGCUAAUGCUUGAGACUGCCAAGAUCACGAGGGACACUGGAACGGAGGAAUUGUCUGGCAAACCAAAGACAACAGAUCAAAAACAGUCAAGCAGCACAUCCACUGGGCCGGACCUCAGCAGAGAGAAAACAGAAAAUCUCGGCUCCCUCCUUGAUUUUGACUGCGAUGUGAGAAGUUUUAAUAGUGGUCUUCAGCACAUUGCUACGCUCGAUCCGCUAGCCAUAGUCCCACCAAACGUUCCGGAGCAGGCUACAGCUGCUCAGCAUGACCAAUCACAGCAUGGUGAGGCUCCCACCUUUGCUGAAACUGGUGAUAAUUCUUAUAUUCCCAAUAUCGAUGAUACAGCUAUGCAACAUCAGCGAACUCAGAGCAUCUCCCAUCAUCCUGAGCCAAUCCAGGAUCUGAUGAUCCUCCGUGCGACGACUUCAACCCCUGUUCCUAGCGAGCCUGCCCAACCAGAAAUUGCUGCAGAUACGCCAUUGUCUGAUUCGAAUGUUGUUGGUUCUUGCCAUAAGAGCACGGCAUGUGAAGACAAACAGAAAAAUGAACAGGCUCCUGAACGUCGCAGCAAGGCCGAUGAGAUAGCAAUGGAAUAUCUGCUCCAGCAGAUCAAGGACAAUCCUACCCCAGUAGUCCCCAGCAUUGAGGAUAUUGCCCUAUCUCUUGAUACUACCCCUGGUGAUCCUGCACCUCGAGAUCUCUCUUCUAGCUCGCAUGAUAGGUUUCCUCGUGGUAGUAUUCAGCAACGUCAACACUCUGAUUAUGGGGCCGAGAAUGUGCCGUUUCUUCAUCCAGACCUCAUUGAUAUCUCAUCUCAGAUGCUUUCCCCUCGUUUAGGGGUGUCUAAUUGUGACUCUGUACAACAAUCUGACUCCAAAAGUGAUGAGCAAGAUGCGGAAUCUAACGUGGGUGAGAACCUGGCUGUCUCGGAAGAAAUUCAGACAAGAGAAUUCCGCGAGACAAUGUUUCAUCAGCGGCCUCCUGAUAAGCCUUUCCAAUGGGUGAACGAAGUAACCAAAGUAGCGAGCAUGGCAAAGACUGAAGCCCACUCUGAUAAUGACAAGCAAAAAAGGAAAAAUACUGAAGCCAAUGCAGAGAACGAGGCAAAGCUUGAAGCAUCUCUUGUUAAUUUAUGGCAGCGAAGAAAAGGAUCCAAAUCAACAGAGGGACAGUCACUAAAAGGCACCGCCUUGGCCAUUAAGGAGGCUUUGAAACCAUCUAGAGAAAAGAAACUCAUUCAUGACUCAACCGAGAGUCUUUUUUACUUCCUUCAGCCGAUUCUUGAUGCAGUUCGCAUCUUCCCCGGGGCGUUGAGCCUUCAAAUCCAGUUCGGUCUCAUGUUCAUGCCCAGCGUGCCAGCUUCAACUAAAGAGAGGGAGAUGAGCUACAGGGAGGUCCACCAGCUGUUCUUCUCUAAACAUAACUUGACACCGCCUCCAAUCUCGUUUUUCGAGCGCUUGACUACAUCUCCUGCGGAUAUUGACUACCUCAUUGAUUUGGAGGUGAACCAAUCUCGCCUUUUCGACCAAAACUACAGCCACCGAGGCGUAAAGUACGAGUUCUGGUGUCGUGUUGGUCUGAAAAAGACUAUUGUUAUUUCAGUUAAUGGGCAGGGACAUGCUAUGAUUCGCUAUCCUGAAGUGUCCCUAGGCACGGUACACUUGAGUUUCCCUUCGCAAGUCUGGGAUGCAGCUGCUAGGGUACAGGGCUUUAUCGAAUACAUCACGGGGGCUGACCCGGAGCUUGAAGAAGCUGCACGAAUGAUGGCAAAAAGCAUCCGGAUAGAGCCAGACAAUCAACAACUCCGUAUGCUAGUCCGUCUUCCCCCGCCGUCAAAGAUCAGAAUCUAUCAGGUGUCCAUGGAACGAUGGAGCCGUCACCCUUACUGCUCGGAAAGGAGCAAGGACUUGUUUCUCCAAAUCACCGAAACUCAAGAACUCCUUACCGCACCCUCCGUCCUGGAUCCGGGUAUCAUGGUUAUUCAGAACGCCCCACUUGAGAAAAUGGUCAAGGACGGGAAGCAGUGGUGGCAAGCCUCGAUUGUCAGCAGCAAAGUGGAUGGCAUAAUGAAAUCAAAUUCCUUCCUUGAACCUGGUGAACGCAAUGAGUCUUGGUGUGCGACUGAUCUCCUUGGUGCAGACAUUACGAACGUCAUCCCCACUGCAAACCAGGAGCUGAGUACCCUCGGAGCCGAAGUCGGUCAUUCGGGAAUUGGAGCAAUGUUCCAACUUGCCAAAACAGUCGUGCAGAAAAUCGAUGCUGUGGGACACUGGAACAGAGGCCCUGCCAGUACUGAAAAGCGCACUAACACCUCGAACGACCGCAGUCAAGCUGGUACAGGUACGCGCAAGCAGUCGUCCACUGACUUGGGGAAACAAUUAGUGCCCUGGAGUCCGACGCCGCCUAGAUCCAAUGAGAGUAAGCCUGAUAAGCACAAGUGGUGA